CAGCAUGGAUACAGGCUGCAGGGACAGGCGCUCCGAGACACUCUCACUAUGUGCUGGAGAGCGUCUGAAGCAACCAUGGGACGAGUGGACGCGUGCAACUUUCAAGAGUUGCCGCACUGAACAAAGACUUGCCCCUUUUUCUUCUCAUCUCCUUCACUCGGGGAGGGGGGGUGAAGACUUGUGCGCGCUUGCGAUCGUCACGCAGGAUGUUAUUGCUGACGAGACUCGGAAAGCCGGGUAGGAAGAGCGUAAAGUCUCUCUGAUGAGAUCCACCUCCUUCUAUCCGCCACACAAAGGGAACCACGGAACAAGUUCUUUUCUCCCCCCACGAAACCCCACGCCAUCGUUUUCUUUUUUGGAUGUCAUAGUGGGGGGGUUGUUUGAAAGACGUCAUGGAUCACUUCGCAGCGGAGUGCCUUGUCUCGAUGUCCAGCCGCGCGGUCGUCCACAACCGGGAGAUGAAGCCGGACAGCCCGUCGCCUUCCCCAACGGAGGACGCCAAAGAACCGGUGGUGAAGGACAACUCGUCCCUAUACGUGGUGGCCAGGAUCCUGGCGGAUUUUAACCAGCAGACUCCCAACGGCGAGCAGGCGAGGAGCAAGGAGGAGAGCCAGGGCGGCCUGACGGAGGAUGCAAACGGUGCCACACCUACCAUCACCAUCUCGGAUCCGUCGCUCAAACAAAGGGGCAAAAGAUCGAGAGGUCGCAACGAGCCCGAGUCCCCGCAGAAGAAGCACAAAUGCCACUAUUCGGGUUGUGAAAAAGUUUAUGGCAAAUCGUCGCACCUCAAGGCGCACUUGAGGACGCACACAGGAGAGCGUCCGUUCCCUUGUACCUGGCCCGACUGCAGUAAGAAGUUCGCUCGCUCCGACGAGCUAGCCCGCCACUACCGCACCCACACGGGAGAAAAGAAGUUCGGCUGCCCGCUUUGCGACAAACGCUUUAUGCGAAGCGACCACCUGAUGAAGCACGCCCGGCGCCACUCGGAUUUCCAGCCCGGCAUGCUUAAAAGGCCCCACGGUGGCGGCGGCGUUGGCGGGGGAGUGGCGGGCCACGCCGCCCGCCCCGGCUCCCUCAGCGAUUACAGCCGCUCGGACGCCUCCAGCCCCACCCUCAGCCCCACCCUGAGCCCCGCCCUCAGUCCCGCCAGCUCGCCUUAAACCGAACUUCGCACUUUCCGCCUCCAGCGUGUUCUUGUCAUGAUAACGCUGAUGUUGUUGCACACUUGUCAGCGGCGACCCCCAUCUUUGCUGAUCCCGCGCUUGCUGUGGUGUACCAUACUGUACAGAACUGCUUAUUGUCGAGCAAUGACGUGUGCGAUCGAUCCCAUAAGAAGCUAAUGCCUCUCCCAGAUGGCAAUAUUCACAUUCUCGACCAUGGUCUCGACUUUUCUUCGAAUUGUCCGUGUGCAGCGACUCGACAUGACUUAGAAGAAAGACAACUGAUGAGUCUUAGCAAAAUAUUUGUUUUUUUUUCUUUUCAAACAGGUGAUGAGAAAGGCCAUACACACACACACAUACACUGUAAAUUGUUGGGUCCAAAGUAACCCAAAUUGGGUGAAACCGCAAACACAGCGUCAGGUCCAAGAUGGAUAUAGCCAUUGCUGGGUUAUUAUUACCCAAGCCAUUGGGUUGAAGAUUAAGUUGGAUCAAGAUUUGAAUCCCAAUCGGGGUAUACUUAUGAAUGAAAGGAUACAACAGAAGAAAGAAUAUGUCGGUGUUAGCCACCGAGCCAGCUAGCCACCAGUAUCGUUACAUCCCUUUGAAUUCAACUUCAGUUCUUCACCCAAUCGCCAACCCAAUCUGCUAGGUCAAAAAUCAUGAACCCUAACCGUGAGUAAAAGUAAUCCAAUCCGCUCAGCUACCCAGCGAGUGUUUGAGGAAAAACAACCCGGCAUUUAUUAUUGCGUGUGUGUGUGUGUGUGUGUGUGUGUGUGUGUGUGCACGGAUGCUAAAAACAACAACACACACACCUCAGGAUAGAAGACAGUUUCUCUGAAUACUCUUGAUACUUCACACAAAAUGCACAAUCUACUCAUCACUUUACUCGGAAGUUCAACCAGUGGUUGGAUUUUUUUUUUUUGCCCUGCUCAGGGAUGGCCUUGUUAGCUUGAACAAAUGUCGGGAAACAGUCAGUCCACACACAGACGCAUUUAUAUAUGGAGAAUUAUACAUGUACUAUAUCUGUAGAUAUGUAGACGUACAAACAUGGACCCAUGUAUAUAUUUCAGCCUUACGCUCAACACGCCAUUGCACUCUUUUACGUCAGCCAGUCAGCCAGCUUGACUUCCUUCUAACAUCAUCAUAAGCCUCUUUUAAGACAAAACGACACAUCAGAGCUGUAACACAAGCCCCCCCGGCAUUUAUCCGUCUUUGCCUUUUAACACGGAACCGAGCGAAGGAAGGGAGAUAUUGCCCGUGUGCGUUUUGACACGUCCCGCAGUCGGAUAAUUAAAUACGAGACGUCGGGUGGCAAAUUUCGGACGAUCUGAUAGCACCUUUUUGGGAAUGGGGAAUGUCAGAGGCGUUUAGGAACAACAGCGGCGUGGAAAAAUGUCGACUUUUAAACACACCGACCCUGUUCCUGCGGCAUCCAUUCUCUCGCUGGACAUUUAUUGCCAGAAUUGGGUUAUAAAGAUACGUUUCAAAGCAGCUGUUUAAAUACAAAUGGACACAAAGGGACGAUCAUGUGUAGCACAUUGGGGGAAGGGCGGGUAGCAAAGACCAAGUCGUUCACGGGGAUGAUUUGAGGCCUGCAAAAUAUCCCACAAGCGACGUCAUGUCACCCGUCUGGCUCUACCUGUGCCGUCAAGCUGUCAAGCUUGAAAGGAACUCGAGGGUGGAGCUGUCUGCAAUGUUCAGAUGGGAGAAGGCGCCUCCUGAUAAAACGAGAAGAGGUUUAUCACGACUUGAGCAGAGGAGGAGACGCCCUCGUUUCCUGCUUAUGCAAAUGUACCAACUUGGGGGAGGGGCGGGGUGGGGUCAACGGUACCACCAGGCAGACUCAAAAUUAGCGACGGAAAUAUUUGGCUUCUGUGUGAAAUUUCACGAUGGUUAACUUAAUUCAACUUCUCGAAACUUUUGAACUGCUUAGAGUGCAGCAAAAAGUACGGAAACGUUGGACAUUAAGUUCAUGCCGGAUCAAUUUUAUGAGUGACUUUAACAUUUGAAUAUUUUUAUGGUGCAAAGAUUGAUGAAUAAUUAUUCGGAGCCAAUAAAUAAUCAUUUUCCGACCAAUGAAGUGAAACUGGACCUUUUCCUGUAUUCCUUGGAGUCCCCUUUUUGACAAAGCUCAUACUGUUAAACAGCUGCUUUCUAACCUCUCCAAGCAAAAAUGAAAAUAUCAUCUUGGUGUCGCGCCGUGACCCGUGUGCUCGGUUGCGCAUGUAAGUCGAGCUAAAAAAACGACUUCCAUCGCGUCCGCCUGCAUCCUCCUUGCAAAUGCGCCGUUGCUUUGAUCCCAUCGCAUCCAUCCAGACCGUUGCCAUGGCGAACGGCGCUUCAUCCCCCCCCCUCGGUGCCACGCGCAUGUUAACAACUCCGGCAGGUGUACGUUCAUGAAUGGCGGGCCUUGUCUCCCCCGACUCGCCCCCGCCCUGGCGGCCAUCUUUCUUUUCAAAGCAGCAUCUUUUGCCACAUCCCCCUGGAGACAAAUCUCCUUCGAUCCAUUCCCGUCACUUUUAGUAAGAGAAACCACUGAGGAUAAUAAUGUUUUCAAUUUUCUUAACGGCUGCUGAGCAGUUUUUAUGUGCAGGUUUGCAUGCUUUUCUUAAUCCAUAAACCGCACAAUGACCUCAGGUUCCAUGGGACGUAUACAGCAUGGGUGGCAUGGUUUGUUCUCACUGCUGGUCAGUGUCCAGCAAACGCCUCCCUCCCUCGCUCCCUCCCUCCUUCUCAAGGCCCACCUGCCUCUGCACAACAUCCUGCCCGAGUCACAAUUUGGGCUCCCUGAGGCUGAAAUGAAACGCCCCUAAGAGAGAGAGAGAGAGAGAGAAAAGAAACUGGACUUAAUACAUGAUGACAUGUGAAAGAGGAAAUGUCCCCAUCCAUCCUUCCAUCCAUCCAUGUUCUCACUGUACCAAAAACUACUUGAAUCAUUCAACAGAGAAAGGCCAUUGAACACCAUUUUGUAUAUUCUUUUCAGGGUGGGGGUGUUUUUGUUUGUGUUUCCAUCGUUUUCAGGUCAUUGAUAGCGGAUGUGUAUGUUAUGCUAAAAAAAUAAAAUAAAACAGCCAUCCACUCACCAGAGUGCUGUUGAUGUCAGGGUGACGAGCAUUUGUUUCCAUGUGGGCUUGUCCUCCAUGAUUCCUCCACGUUCCCACGAACAGGGAAUGUUCAACUGGUGGGCGACAGUUAGUAGAUGAAACUUCCUGACCUCUAUGUAUAUUCAUUUCACAUGGAAUGACUCAUUUUCUUCUUCAGAGUUGUUUUCCUUGUGAUGUGACCCUGAGCGUUACACACGUGGACUAAAUUGUCUUCAACAGAAAAAAUAAAAUAAUAAUCCACAGUGGUCAUAGAAACGAAAUGACCUGAUGACAAAAAAUAAUAAAUAGAAAAUAAAAAUGAAGCAAUGAGACUAAGACAUUGCUUUGGAAUUGUGGUUGCACAGGUUUUAUUUUUUUUUAAAAAAAAAAAGGUAAAUCUUAAAAAUAAUAAAAAUAAUUAUGAAUAAAUACAAUACCUUGUUGACAUUUUUAACCAAGUUGUCCUCUAACAUUACAGGUGUGUUGCCCUCAGUCGGUCUAUUAUGGGAAAAUCAUGUUAAAGAUAAAAGCUAGAAAACCAUCUCCAAACAGCUUUUGAUUUUUUUUAUUUUAUUUUUUUGCCCAUGUGUGUAGCACCAAUCCGUAUUUACUCUUAAUUUGUAUGAUUGCUUUCUUUUGGUGGUGUGUAUAGUUUUCAGGAUCAUACCUCUUUGAAAAAAUAUUUUGCUUUUUUUGUUGUUUCUUUCCAAACACCCGGUGUAGCUUCUGCUCGACAAAUAGCACAAAUAAACAAUGGAUUGUUUAUUUUCUGCUUCAGGCUUCUUAUUCUGUAAAUAAACAACCGGUUGUGUUUGUUUUAUAUAUGUAAAAAAAAAAAAAAAAAAUCACAACAUGUCAGGGUCCUUCUCAUGCUUUUGAUUCAAAAUUGCAAAAUGAGCCACACACGCAUUGUAUGUGCUGGUUUAAACAUGCGGGAUGAUGUCAGCAUUGAAAAACGAUCUUAAAAAAAAAGGACUUUAACCUAUGAGGUUCCUAAUCACAUUGUACUGCUUAAUAGUUGACUGCCUAUUGUAAAAAAAAAAAAAUGCAUUCGAUUGGAUUGACUGAUGAACUAAGCAUAUUUAAAGCGACAACGUGUUGUAAUAUUCUGGACUGAUGUCAAAGUACAGGGUUGAUGGAUGCAACUGUGUGCCAAAACAUCCAAGGGUAAAUAGCUAGUGUCACACAUUGUACAGUUUUUUUUUUUUUUAAACUGCUUUUACGUCAUGUACAGGAUUUGUGCAUAUUUGAUAUACUAGGUGGAAUAUUUUCUGCUUUCAAACCAUUUGGUUGUGUAGCUUGCUUUUUUUUUUUUAAAUUCUUAUUUAAUGUGAUCUUUUGGUUUCUGUAUGUAACACAAUUAAAUGACGUACGGUGGACCUGUGCUAUUUAAGUGAAUAGCAAAAAAAAUUAAUAACCCAACCCUAAAUUCUUGAAUUACGUUUUUUUUAGGGGAAAAAUUAGCGACGACGCGGGUGUCCAUAUUUUAAUGCUAAUAGACGAAGCCCGACCAUUCCAAAGGAUUGAGAGUGUUUGUUUGGUUUUCUAGCGAGGGAGACAAAUGACUGAGAGGUUUUUCCACAUUCGUGCUCAAGGUACGAUCCUCAUUGUUUCCCAGGUGUCCUAGCUCCUCGUACUUCCCCUUCGGGGCCUUGCGUGGAGCCAAUUAAAACGAACAUUCAAGAGUCAAACAUGUCUUCCCGCUAAUUUUUUUUUUUGGGGUGGGAUACCUUUAAGACUAGUUAGUGAGGGCUUUGUUUGAGGGACAGUGUGAUUCUUGGGUGUGAAGUUGUUAACCAAAGGCUAUGAAGGGAAAUAUGAAUGUGGCAGGAAUUGAGUUCGGCCGAGGCCGGGCUUGCUAAUGGACCUUCUUUGAUUCUCAUCCCUUGAAAUGAGCAUCAAAGAGUUACGUGCGCUGCAACGGGUGGUUUUCUCGAUGGCCUCUUCGAAGGAGUUUAGUGCAGGUGGUGUGCGCUUUUUUUCGCCUCUCCCCUGUUUGUCGUCAGUGCAAUGUCGCUCUCUUGAUACCUCAUGUGCGUUUCUCCUCUGUUCAUCACCAUCAGUUGCCUGUUGUCGUGACUCCGAGAUGCCGCGCCCCUCCCAUCCCCUCUCUGGGCCGGCACGGCUCUAAUGUAACGUGUAAAUAACUCUCGACUCAGCUACGGCCAGUACAUUCUUCUAUGACCUCACAGUUAACUUUCAGGUGUCUUUAUUUUUGUGUGUUGUGUCCCCCCCCCCCCUUUCAGCAAACCAAAAUCACUACACUCAACAAGUAUUACAGUUGUACAGUACCUGGGAUUCCAACCACAUGUAAUGUAAUGUGCUGGUCUUAGCUGCUCUGCUGUACCUUUCUAUGGCAUUAUUUUUUACAUGUUAGACGAUAUAUUGUGACAAUGUCCUAUGCAAAAAUGAAAAAUAACAAGAUUGUUGAAUCAUGUAUGUUGUCAUAACUCGUAUGCAUGGAAUAGUGAAGUUUACAUUUGGAAAUAAAUUCAUAAAAUAUGCAGCUCUAA